UCGUUCUAGACUCUAGAAGGGCCUCCGCAGACAUGCCCUGGCGGUCUCUAAACUCCGCUGACUUGCUGUGUAAAUACUUUAGAAAAUUGAGGGGCUAACGGUCUCUGGGCGCUGUGUCGGGGCCCCAGGAACGAUCACCAGGGCUUUCCUCGGUCCGCAUUGAGUCAUCCCAAGUACAAAGCCUUCUGUUCUUUGCACCGUCUAAUUGCUUGGCUUUAUUGGACUUUCUAAUACUCACAAUAAUGGCUUAAGCUUCCUGGGAGUUGCUUAUUAUCUUCCUUGAAGAAACAUGAAGCCCCACUAUGUUGCUGUGCUUACUCCAGCCAUCCUGAUGUUCCUCAUGUGGACCCCUGUGUCGCUGAGUUGCAACAAAGCACUCUGUGCUAGUGAUGUGAGCAAAUGCCUCCUUCAGGAACUCUGCCAGUGCCGGCCUGGAGAAGGAAAUUGUUCCUGUUGUAAAGAGUGCAUGCUUUGUCUGGGUACACUUUGGGAUGAGUGUUGUGAUUGUGUCGGUAUGUGUAAUCCUCGAAAUUAUAGUGACACACCUCCAACUUCAAAGAGUACCGUGGAGGAGCUGCAUGAAGCGAUCCCUUCUCUCUUCCGGGCACUCACAGAAGGGGACACUCAGUUAAAUUGGAACAUCGUUUCCUUCCCUGUUGCAGAAGAACUUUCACAUCAUGAAAACUUGGUUUCAUUUUUAGAAACUGUGAACCAGCCACACCACCAGAAUGUGUCAGUCCCCAGCAAUAAUGUUCACACGCCGUAUUCCAGUGACAAAGAACACAUGUGCACUGUGGUCUACUUUGAUGACUGCAUGUCUAUACAUCAGUGCAAGAUAUCCUGUGAGUCCAUGGGGGCAUCCAAAUACCGCUGGUUUCACAAUGCCUGCUGUGAAUGCAUCGGGCCUGAGUGCAUCGACUAUGGCAGUAAGACUGUGAAGUGCAUGAACUGCAUGUUUUAAAGAAAGGAAAUACUGAGCUAAGCAAUUUUGUCAAAAAGAAAGAUGUGAAAAGUAUUCAGUAAGAUGAAGACACUAAAAAAUUAAAAUGUGUUACUUUAAAUAUAUAACUCUAGUAAUUUGAUAAAUUAUAUGAUUAUAGUUGCUCUUAUUGACCUUUUUACUCUAGCAAUAAAGCCUUUCCUUGGAUCCUUUGAA